CCCACUUUCCUUACAUUACUGCAAGCCAAAGGCUGUCUUGAAGUUAGUCUUAAGCUUACACCGCAGGGAUAGGAAGCCGUCUAACUAAAAGGAAAUUGAGGAAGAUUGGUUACGAACUGAGGCAAAAACAUGCAGUUAAAACUAAUCAUAGUGACGUGUGUGUUAUACCACAGUUCGGUGGCGGAACAUUACAAAACGAAGCCUGACUUCGUAAAGACUUGCUUCAAGAGUGACCCUGAAUUCGACGACUGUUCAAAGACGGCUGUGCAACAACUUUUUAAUGCCUUAGGCCCAGGGCUUCCAGAAAUAGGGAUAGAGCCUCUGGAUCCGUUGAAAAUCCCGAAAAUAAGAAUUUUGCAAGGCGAUGGACCAGUUAACGUUAAUGCUGCACUGGAUAACGUCACUGUGACCGGAUUCGGCCAAACAGAGGUUUUAUUGAGCCAAGUGGAUGGCAAAACAUACGACUUUUAUACUAGAGUAAGAGUCCCAAAUAUCAGGAUAGAGGGCACUUAUGAUCUCAAAGGAAAAAUUUUAUUGAUACCCUUGGUUGGACGCGGACGCUGCUGGUUUGAACCAACGAACAUGACAAUUGACAUUGUCAGCGACGUCAAAACCUACGACAAGGAUGGCUUUGUAUUUUUUAACGUUACGGCUGCACAUGUAAAAUACAACAUUGGCGGUAUGAGUUUGCGGAUGAAUAAUUUAUUUGAUGGCAUUAAAUCUUUAGAGGAUAGUACGAACUCGUAUCUUAACGCUAAUUGGCGGCCAGUGUCUGAAUCUUUACGUCCUAUUCUGACCAAGACAAUUGAGGACAUUCUGUUGGAGUUUAUGCAACAAUUAUUCCAUAAUCUGCCUGGGAAUUUCAUGAUCGGGGAUGUUAAGAACAACGUCGUUAACAAAAAACCUGAUAAAAAACAUUAAAUUUAAUUAGUAGAUUUGUGCGAGUGUAAAAUAAGUAUGAUUGUCUAUGUUUGAUAAAAAAAAAAGGUAAUUUAAGUA